AUUUACUCUCUUAACUAAAUUAUCCCGUCGGUUUCAAGUAAUAAAGCUCAUAUAAAUUCUCUCAGGUUCUGUUUCCCAAAGCUGCAAAAAGUUUUCAGUUUCUCAUCUUUACGGAAAUCUUCUGCGUCUUCAUUCUUCUAUGGUUUACUCGCUCAUAUUCUGCCACAGAGUUAUUAUCAACAAGGAAUUUUCGAAGUAAUUGUGAGAUAUUCCCUGAAUUUAAAGCAUGCAUCCUCCGACCACCGAACCGCCGACGUCCACGGCGGAGAUUCUUGACCAGAUCACCCUCCUCCUCUCCCAUCUCCUCCCCGCAUCUCUCUCUAUCAAGUCUUUCUCUUCCCGCUGGCAUGCCAUCCGUUCCAAGCUCGCUACUCUGAAAUCGCUUCUCUCUGAAGUGUCUGAGUCUCCCCGGUGGUCGGAUAACGCGCUACUUCCCACUCUUCUUCCCAACCUCUUAUCCAUCGUCCGCCGCGUCGACACCCUCUGCCGGCAGUGCUCCGACGCUUCCGUCACUCCCGGUAAGCUGCUUAUGCAGUCCGACCUUGAUAUGGCUGACGCCUGGCUUUCGAAACAGAUUAACCACCUCGACGUCCUCUGUCGCUCCGGCGUCCUCCGGCACUCCACGGCUAUUGUCCUCUCCCAGCCCUCCUCCGGCUCCACCCGGGAAGAUUUGGUGUUGUUCAUCAGAGACCUUUUCACCCGCCUCCAGAUCGGCGGAACUGAGUUCAAGAGGAAGGCUCUGGAUUCUCUUGUUCAGCUUCUUGCCGACGACGAGAAACACGCGGGGCUUAUCCCCAAGGAAGGGCGUAUCUCGUAUUUGAUAAAUCUCCUCGACCCGAAUUCAGAUCCGGCAAUAUGUGAGCAGGCUGUCAUGGCGGUGUCGAUGAUUACUUCCUCCAGCAGCCUGGCGAGAAAGUCCGUGUUCGACGACGGCGGUUUAGGGCCAUUACUGAGAUUAAUCGAAUCUGGUUCGACUAUCAUGAAAGAAAAAGCCGCCAUGGCCGUGGAAAACAUCACCAGUGAUUCCGACAACGCCUGGGCGAUUUCCGCCUACGGAGGUGUCCCUAUCCUAAUCGAGCUCUGUAAAUCCGGACCAUUUCCGGCCCAAAUUCACGGCCUAGGGGCAAUACGGAACGCCUGUACUAACGAAGAUGUCCGGAAUGCAUUAGCAGAUGAAGGCGCGAUUCCAAUUUUUCUUCAGUACAUUGUCUCUGGAAAUUCCUCCGCCCAAGAGAAGGCUGCAAACUGCAUCGCAACCCUAGCUUCUUCAGGCGGGUCCUUCCGUGAUCUGUUACUCAGAGAAAACGGGUUGUCCAGAUUGCUUCAGUCACUACAUGAAUCCGCCCGACCAGAAACGACCGAACAUGUGUUACGAGCAGUUCAUUCGCUUUCGGGUUGUGAAUCCGUAUCCCGCCAUCUCUCGUCAUCCAUAGCUUUUGUUACUCAGUUAUCGGACCACAUAAUUCAUGGAACCAUGAUGAUACAAUACAUUUCUGCUUCUCUGCUUGCUAAUCUGUCCAUUGGUGAGGCGACUAAGAGGGAAAUUGCAGGGUGUAUGGGCUCAUUGGUGAAGUUAGUGCAGUCGGCAAAGCCCGAUGGGAUGCCGGAGGUGGCUACAAAUGCAUUAACGUCUUUAUUGAGUAUAAACUGUAACCGUAAGGAGUUGGUGAGGGACGAUAAGAGCUUAACAUUGAUUGCACAAAUGCUUGACCCUAAGUAUGAUUUGGUUUCCAAGAAGUUUCCUGUGGCUGUGGUGUCAUCGGUUAUGGCUGGAGGGAGUAAGGGUUGUCGGAAAAGGCUUAUUGAUGCCGGAGUUUAUGGACAUUUGCAGAAGUUGUCUGAGAUGGAGGUUGUAGGGGCCAAGAAGGCCUUACAGAGACUCUCUGGGAAUAGACUGAAGAGCAUAAUUGCCAGAACAUGGUUAGAAUGAAUGAUCAAUGGAGUAAUUGUCUCUUACCUUCACCUCAGAAAUUUGUUUAGAUAUGGAUUUGGAUUCACCUACCUACCCGAGAAUGAGUGAGGAAAUUCACACGUUUCCAGCUUGAGAAUCAAGCACACACCCUGGCGGAGUACACAGUAAAUUUUACCUGCAUUGUAUUAUUUUCUGUAAAUAAGGGGGAAAUUGUAAUUAAAUUUGUUCCUAGUCAAAUGGCAUGGAAUCAUGGAUGCGGUUUUAGGAAGUAUCCUUGCUUUUUUUUUUUCUGUUGGAUCUUGCAAGUGUUACAUUUUUGGUUAAAUAAUACUUUGUAGUUAUGCACAUCCAAGACUGUCUCUUUUCUUUUCUAAUUUUGGAGGAGCUCUUUUUUAUAGUGUGUAACUAAGAUUGUCUUUUUCCAUUCCUUCAUAUGUUGGAGAAAUAUGUAAUAUAUACUUAAAGACAAA